AUGUCCAAACUCGACAGUUACCACGUCAUGAUAGUCACAAAGUAUUUCACAACAAUAGAGGACUUUGUCAACAUUGAAUUUGUAUGCAAGAAAUACAAAGGCAACAUGGAGAAGUUUCAUUUCAACCCAAUUCCGUUGAAUUACAAAACGAUCAAAUACUUUACAAAUAUUGAAACACUCCACUUGUGGAAUUUGGAAGAUGAAAACUUUGUUAAUAAAUUUUUUGUUAAUACUGAACACUCUGAAACUCAUAAAGAUACCAACACUAACAAAAAUAUCGAAAUAAAAAUUGAUUUUUAUAGAAUUGUUGUGUGGUUCAGUGUUGAUUAUACAACAGUUGAUGUGAACAAAAAUAAAAACAUCAAAUUUAAGAAUGUUACUUACACUAAAAAAGAUAGACAAAAAUUUGGUAAUAAUUUACCGCCAAUUGUGACAUCACUUGGUGAAUGGUGUUUUAAUAACUGUAUAAAUUUAAGCGAUGUUACUAUACCAUCAAGUGUUACAUCACUUGAUUAUGAGUGUUUCAAUGGAUGUUGCAAUUUAAGCCGUAUAACAAUACCAUUAAGUGUCACAUCACUUGGGGAGGAAUGUUUUAAUUUUUGCAGCAGUCUAAGCGAUGUAACGAUACCACCAAGUGUUGUAUCAAUUGGUGAUCGGUGUUUUUGUAAUUGUAGUGGUCUGAGUAGUAUUGUAAUACCAUCAAGUGUGGAAUCGAUUGGUGAAUUUUGUUUUAGUGGAUGUGAUUGUCUAACCAAUGUUGUAAUACCACAUUUUAUAAACGUUGUUAUUGGAAAUAGAUGCAUGUUUGGGUAUGAAACAUUGAGCAGCGUGGAAAUACCAACAAGUGUAAUUAUGAUCAACAAUAAAAAGUUAAACAACGAAUAUAACUAUACUGAAUUUGAUAUACCACCCGGUUUCACAUCAAUAAAUGGUCACUGUUUUUAUUGUUGUAAUACUUUAAACAAAGUGACCAUACCAUCAGGUGUUAAAUCACUUGGUAUAUAUUGUUUUUGGGAAUGUAACAAUCUUGUCGGUGUAAUAAUACCGUCAAGUGUGACAUCACUUGGUUAUUUGUGUUUUUGUGCAUGUCGUAGGCUAAGUAGUGUGGAUAUACCAUCAAGUAUAACAUCAAUACCAGAUUCUUGUUUCACUUCUUGUUUUUGUCUAAAUAAUUUGGUAAUACCAUCAAGUGUGAAAUCAAUUGGUGAAAGUUCUUUUAGUGCGUGUUAUAGUCUGAGCAGUGUGGUAAUACCGUCAAGUGUGACAUCAUUAGGUAAAUGGUGUUUUGCUGGUUGUACAAAUUUAACCAGUGUGGAUAUACCAUCAACUGUGACAUCAUUUGGUGGUUAUUGUUUCGAAUCUUGUUCCAGUCUCAAAACGAAAAAUUUGGAUACUGUCUGA